UAAAAAGGGACUCGUGCGACUCUUUUCGACUAACUAUCGGCAGAGGCGAUUUCCUGAUAAUAUCCUUCCAAGACUCAUUCUGGGGUGAGGAAAAUGGCAGUGGAAACGAACCUAACGAAUAAUGCAUAUGAAUUCCCGCUCAACCCCACUAUUCAUCCGUCAUCAUCGACGGAAUUGUUCAAUUUCACCGGAAAUUUCAACCGGACUGCAACAGGAAGCUCGGCUUCUGGAGGGGUUUUUGAGAGUCAGCUUAUCAUUCCGCUUUAUGUCAUCAUAUUUGUGCUGUCGAUUGUCGGGAAUACACUAGUGCUUGUCACGUUGGUGAGGAACAAGAGGAUGAGAACCGUGACAAACGUCUAUCUGCUGAAUUUGGCAAUCUCCGACCUACUUCUUGGUGUGUUCUGCAUGCCUUUCACCUUAGUCGGCCAAGUUUUACGGAACUUCAUAUUCGGCGCGACUAUGUGCAAACUUAUUCCAUACUUUCAAGCCGUUUCAGUUUCAGUUGGGGUGUGGACCUUAGUAGCAAUAUCUUUGGAACGGUAUUUCGCAAUUUGCAGGCCUUUAAAGUCCCGUCGUUGGCAAACACAAUUUCAUGCUUAUAAAAUGAUAGCCGUUGUGUGGUUGGCAAGCCUGUUUUGGAGUGCUCCGGUACUGGCCGUUUCUUCCCUUAAAGCAAUGAAGGGUCGAGGUCAUAAAUGCAGAGAAGAGUGGCCUAGCAAGAGCAGCGAACAAGUUUUUAACUUGUUCUUAGAUGCAAUGUUGUUGCUAAUUCCGGUUCUGAUUAUGAGUCUUGCUUAUUCGUUAAUUAUGAGCAAACUUUGGAAAGGCCUCCGCAGGGAAAUUCAGCACAACACCUCCUUUCAGCAACAAAUGAUUCAACGAUCCAACAGCUCGCCAACCAUAAACGGCGAAUUAAACAAGUCCACCAACACCCAAAGCAAAUCUGAACCUACAAAUAUCGGUUUAAUGAGACCAAAUAACCGCCUUCUCCCCCCAAGUCAGACUAAAGCUUCUCCACCACGCGGAAAAAACACCAAAAGCUGUACUGCGAAAAAAACUGAUACCGUCAAAAUGUGGUUUAAGAAAAGCAUAGUCCAGGUGCGCUUACCAUCAUCCAUCAAAAAAGGUUACACUUGCAAAGGUGCAGCUAAAACUACAUUAGUCCCUCGCUGUGAACUCACGACGCCAUCGUCCGAACACUGCUCGUACAACGGAACAUGUCCUUCAGACGAAGCAAGCUUUGCCACUUCCUCAGUCGACGAGACAACUUACCACUUUACCCGACACGCUAUUAGAUCUAAUUAUAUGGACAAGAGUAUUGAGGCCAAAAGGAAGGUCAUUCGGAUGCUAUUUGUCGUUGUUGCUGAAUUUUUCAUAUGCUGGGCACCACUGCAUAUUCUUAACACGUGGUAUCUGUUUUACCCUGAAGAUGUUUACUUAUACGUUGGAUCUACAGGAAUUUCUCUGGUGCAGUUGCUGGCAUACAUUAGUUCUUGUUGCAAUCCGAUUACUUACUGCUUCAUGAAUAGAAAGUUUCGACAAGCAUUCUUGGCAGUUUUCAACUGGUACAGUGUGUGCUACAGUUGUGUCUGCGUGGAUUCAGAAUCCUUGAGAUCAAGAACAAAAACAACUCAAAAAAAUGGGAUUCACAAAAUUGUCCAAAACAACUCGGACGUCUCCUGCAACGAAUCCACUAUUUACAUCGGUCGGCAAAGCACUAUUGGACGCUCCGUAGUGGUUCUAGAAGCCGAAGAUCGUGUUUAG